CUCCCCCGGAACGAGGAGAACGCUCCGAACACAUCAACACACGGGUCCGAACACUUCAACACACGGCUCCGAACACAUCAGCACACGGGUCCGAACACUUCAACACACGGGUCCGAACAGCGGCACUCAACAGGAGGUUAUUUCGAAAGCAGUAAGAAGAAGAAGGGCAUUUCGGCAUCUCUUUGGAGAAAUCUCUUCAUUUCAGAUUUGAACUGAAUUGUGAUUCACACUUUGGAGAGGAAAUGGGAUUAUUUUUUGCCAAACUGAUGACAGUGUUCGGAGACAGAGAACACAAGGUGAUCAUUGUGGGUUUGGAUAAUGCUGGGAAGACGACUAUCCUCUACCAGUUUUUGACGAAAGAGGCUGUGCAUACCACUCCUACUAUUGGCAGCAACGUGGAGGAAAUCUCUGUCAAGAAAACACGCUUCCUUGUUUGGGACAUUGGGGGUCAGGAGGCCCUCCGAGCCAGCUGGAGCACCUAUUACUGCAAUACAGAGAUUGUGAUUCUGGUCGUCGAUAGCACAGAUCGGGAACGUUUGACCCUUACGAAAGAGGAGCUACAUACGAUGCUUGCGCAUGAGGAUCUGCAGAAUGCUUCAGUGCUGGUGUUAGCCAAUAAGCAAGAUAUGAAGGACAGCAUGACAGCAGCGGAGAUUUCCAAGAGUCUUACCCUCAGCUCUCUGACAGCUCACUCCUGGCAUGUCCAAGCCUGCUGCGCCCUUACUGGAGAAGGUUUACCAGCAAGUCUGGACUGGAUGCGUUCCCGAGUUAUACCAAACUAGUCCAGCAGUGCUUCAUGGUGACUCUGCAGAGUUUUCUGUCCCGUGUGUGCCUACAGUCUCAUCAAGCUCUCCGAGUUGAUCUCAGAGUUCCACUCAAACUCAGCGUCUUGGAGACGUCAUAUGCUCCAACUUCAGCAACGAAUGCACUGAACCCUGGACAUGUGAUGUUGAUGUAUGAGCGUAUAUACUGACAUGUACAUUUUUGCAUAUCAUGUCUUCGUUUUAGAGGUCACAUUGUGAGCAUUACAAACAGAUUGUGUUGUCCAGGUGGGAGAAUUUGCACUGAUUUUCUGAAUUCUGAUUGAACAAUGUAUUCUGGCCUGUGGCACCACAAGCUAUACUACUUCUCUAUAAUACUACUACGAAUACUCGUGAGGAAGGGCUCACUGCCCAAGUGCAGGUCUUUGGUGCCAUAUUUAUAUGGAUGCUGGUGCUCGAUUUUUAAGCUUUUAAACUGGAAGCAUUACUUCAGAUAUUUAUUAUAGGAUGUUGUUCGUGUUUGAUGGACCUAAUUCAAAUUAAAUUAUACAAGUAUUGACAUUUUGAAAUAUUGAAAGUAAGCUGCAUAGUCAGAUUAUACUUUCUGG